UAAAAUGGCGGCGCCCACUGCCGCGAAGGAGCAUUUGUACAAAAUUCUUGUUAUUGGAGAAUUUGGUGUUGGGAAGACAUCAGUCAUCAGAAGAUACACUGAAGGUGUGUUUUCUCCAAACUAUAAAUUAACCAUUGGAGUGGAUUUUGCGCUAAAGACAGUGAACUGGGAUGACAACACAAAGAUCAACCUUCAGUUAUGGGAUAUUGCUGGACAUGAAAGAUUUGGCCAGAUGACAAGAGUUUAUUACAAAUAUGCAAUAGCAGCUAUUAUAGUUUUUGAUCUCACAAGACCUGCCACAUUUGAAUCUGUGUUGAAGUGGCUAAAUGAUGUCCAUUCGAAAGUAAUGUUAGCCAAUCAGGAACCAGUGCCAGUGGUUUUAUUAGCCAAUAAAUGUGAUAUGGAGAAUGCUACGGUAGAUUCCAGAGUGCUGUCACAAUUCUGUCAAAAUAAUAAUAUUGUAAACUGGUUUGAAACAUCAGCAAAGAAUAAUAUUAACAUAGAUGAUGCAAUGAAUUUCCUCAUUGACUAUAUCCUAAAACUUCCAACAGAGAGCCAACAACCAGAUGAACAUAUAAGCUUGUUUAAUCAACAAAAUCAAAAUACCUUUGAUGACUCAUUCGAAAAGGAUAAUAGAAAAACAAAGCCUAAAUCUGAUUGCUGUUGAAAUGAUUUUGUUGAAUAUGUCAAACACAAAGUGCUCAUUCAGUAGACCGUAAUGUGAUUUGUACCAAGGGCUAAGUGCAAUAAUAGUACAUAUACUGUGAUAUUUGAUUUAUAUUUUUAUAUUUUUAUACAUUUUUAAAUGUUUAAUUAUAAUUAACUAUACAUAUUGCAAAUCAGC